CUCAUCCAGCCUCACACACUCUCUCACACACACUCGUUCAGGAAGCCACACGCAUCUCUCCUGUCACUGGGACAAUGCGUGCGAUGAACCUGAUGACUGCUGGCUGCUGACAAUAGAUAACAAAGACAGCUCCUCUCCCCACAGAGCCACAACUCUUCACCGACCACCACCAAAGGAAGAGGGGCGAUUCUGUCGGAGUCAGGGAACCUGAUGCCGCAGCCGGAAGCAUCUGCAGGCUUAAUUGAGCGACUCAAAGCGAGCAGCUGUGCGCAGCCCACACGUAGAAGCUGAGAGGGACAGCCCAUACCGAGGGUCGGCCGAUGUGGACGUACCACCUGUCAAGUUCCAAUCCUGGGUGUGAGAUGCAGUGAUUCAGCCCCUGUAAGGUAAGGAAGGGGCAUGGCGGACUGUCCACAUCUGAGCUUACCGGGGCUGUUUUUGCUCCUAAUCACUGCAUCCGUAACACACGGCCAAAGUUGCCCGCAGCGCUGUGACUGUAUCCUGCAGCAAAGAGCCGUGAUGUGCCAGAACAAGCGUCUGAGCUCAAUUCCCGGAGGCAUACCGGUGGACACGCGGCUGUUGGACUUGAGCGGCAACAGUUUGCGCUGGGUGGAAUACAACGACUUGGCAAGCUUCACGAGAAUGGAAGAACUGGACCUGAGCGAGAACCUCAUCAGUGUCCUGGAACCCAAUGCCUUUUCCAGUUUGCUCAAUCUCAAAGUCUUGCGUCUGCGCGCCAACCAGCUGAAACUCAUACCCAUGGGUGCCUUUUCACGUCUCGCCAACCUCACCAUGUUGGAUCUUAGUGAGAACAAACUGGUCAUCCUAUUAGACUUCACCUUUCAGGACUUGCGAAACCUGCGCAAUUUGGAAGUCGGGGAUAAUGAUUUGGUGUACAUUUCAAACAAGGCUUUUCUGGGUCUGGUUGGUCUUCGGGAACUCACGAUUGAAAGAUGCAACCUGACUUCCAUAUCUGGACAGUCUCUUUCCUACCUUCGCGGUUUGGUGACCCUACGAUUGCGCUACCUCAGCAUUGCUUCGUUGGAAGAGCAGAACUUUCGUAAACUUGGCGGUUUGCGGGGUCUUGAGAUCGACAAUUGGCCCUUCCUUGAGUACAUUUCUCCACACAGCUUCCAGGGUCUCAAUCUCUCCUGGCUCUCGAUUACCAACACCAAUAUUUCCACAGUGCCUACGGGUGCUCUCCGAAACCUUGCUCACCUGGCCAGCCUCAAUCUUUCCUACAACCCCAUCUCUGUUCUUGAGUCCUGGGCAUUGCGUGAUCUUGUACGGCUAAAGGAACUCCACCUAGUUGGCACGAAGCUGAUAUUAGUGCAGCCGUAUGGUCUCGGAGGUUUGCAGCAGUUGCGUUUGCUCAAUCUAUCAAACAACGCAUUGGUGACGUUGGAGGAGGGCUCCUAUUCAGUUAACACCCUGGAGACGUUGCGUGUAGAUGGCAACCCUUUGUCCUGCGACUGUCGCCUACUCUGGAUCCUGCAGCGUCGGAAGACUCUCAAUUUUGACCGAAGGUCACCGGUUUGCGCCGCCCCUGUGGAAGUACGAGGAAAAGCACUCAACAUGUUCUCGGACUCAGCGCUCUUUGACCACUUCACAUGUCAAAGGCCGAAAAUCCGCAACCGUAAGCUACAACAGCUCACAGCACGUGAAGGUCAGGUGGUGUCAUUUGUGUGCAGUGCAGAAGGAGAUCCGGCUCCCGUCAUUUUUUGGAUUUCCCCUCAACGCCGCCGUAUCACCACCAAAAGCACUGGUCGUGUUAUUGUACUUCCUGAAGGUACGUUGGAGAUCCGGUAUGCCCAGGUGACAGACAGCGGUACUUACAUCUGCAUAGCAAGCAACGCUGGUGGCAACGACACCUACUUUGCGACAUUAACGGUCAGUGGUUUGCCACUCGAUAGUGCCCUGGCAGCAAACCGCACGUACUACGUAGGCGAUCUUAAUGACACAAACUUAAACGACACGCGAGUCUUCCUUAAGUUCACGUUGGACCUCAAAACCAUCCUGGUGUCAACAGCAAUGGGCUGCAUCACUUUUUUGGGUGUGGUUCUGUUCUGUUUUAUACUGCUGUUCGUGUGGAGCCGAGGGCGCGGUCAGCAUAAGAACAAUUUCUCAGUCGAGUACUCCUUCAGAAAGGUCGAUGGACCAGCAGCCAGCGGCGGUCAAGGGGGUGCGCGAAAGUUUAACAUGAAAAUGAUAUAAAACAGAGAAAACCAACGGAAUGAUCAUUUUUAUUAUCAAAUUGAGUUAGUCCUGCAUUCAAGUGUUUGGGUUUCCAAUCAUUUUAAGAUGGAUGAUUUUAAAGGGAGCAAUGAAUUAUAUAGUUACUAUCAGCUAGCUUCCAUCUGCCGUUAUUUAUAAGCUAUUCUUACUUUUGAUCCCGUGUGGCAUUUUACGCAAUCUUCAUGAUGGAGUGAAAACUCCCGUGUGGUGCACGCUGGAUCAAGGUGCCCUUUCGGAAAGUCUCAGAUAGUAAACUGCUUAACUGUUCAAAAUAUCACCAUGUAACUUCUACAGAAUAAGUCUGCUCAGACGAAAGUUCUCAUAAAUUCUUCUUUAUUUUAGCAGUUUUGUAAAAGUCCAUAAUGAUUCACACUAUCACUAUCAAAAGGUGCUUUCAGCUUGCCAAGGAAUUGCCAACGGCCUCAAAAGUCAACCGAACACAUCAUUGUCCCAAUGUUGUGACUAAUGUAGAUGUCUGGGAGGCUUGUUUCAACCCCUAGGCAAUUUAAUUCAUAAAUGAUGCCCAUGAAUUUGUAGAUUAUGGGCGUAAAGUUCACACUGCCAAUUUGACAACGAUCUGGACGGUCUCCGAAACUAUUGGGUGAGAUAUGAACUGCCUAGAAGACUGUUUUAAAAAAUGAAUCUUUCUCGAGGUAGUCGAUUUCAGUUCUCAUUUGAAUUGCUCUGGAUAGUGACACCAUGUACAGAGUUUCUAUAUUAUUACACUGCCACCUAUUUCUUAGUCAUGCCUGCCUGCAAACCGUAAACACGCACACACAUACAGAGGUACUGUAUAGACCACAAAAAAGCACAUGUUUAUAUAGCAUUACAUAUUUAUAGUUCAGAGGACACUUUCACCAAUGCAUCUUCUAGAUUGACAAUUUAAGACAUUUGUAUCUACUGUACAUAUGAGUGUUUUUGUGUACAUUUUGGUGCCCUGUUUUUCAAUGUGAAAUACUUUUUUCCCAUGUUCUUGACGAUAAUCAUAGAUGUGACAAACUCUAAAAGAGGUUUUUAUUAUCUAUAUAUAUAUUUCCUGCACAUUUUUACUGUUUAAUAACCUUGGGUUGUACACGCCAUCAAUGUCUGUAUGCUUUCACUGUGUAAACGUCUGAGAAUAAGCAAAAAGGAGCACGUCAGGACGUCAACCAAAUGAUUUAUUUCACAUUGUUUCAUUCGCAUGAGCAUGAUUGUGGGAAGCCCUGUGGAGAAAUGGGAUACAAAAACCAUCAAAGAGACAUUUACAACGCAUUUUGUACGGGAUCCACAACUCCUUGGAUCCAUUAUGAAAUAAUUAUGCUUGCAUUUUGUGUUUAUAAAUAGAAUUGAUCAAAUUCUUCUUGAAUCAUUUGUGAAGUGCCCCCGUUUAUAAUAUGACGGGCAGGCACUGAAACAAAGCUUUUUUUGCUGCCCCCUACGGUUUACCUUUGAUACUUCAAAGACAAAACUACACAGGGGUUAGUUCUUGUUUUUAGAAGUUUUUGCUUUCUGCUUGUCGAUUCCUUUUGAACACAUAUCUUACAUCGAAAUAAAUCAGCUAUAUUAGUAAAUCUCCAGUAUCAUUUUGAAAAGAUCAGACACACGGUUUUAAGGAACAUUAUAUGGAUAUUGUAAACUGCCACAACUUGUCAACAACUAAAACAAAUCAAAUAAGCUUUUUUGAUAUUUUUGUAAUAAUGUCAUUUUACAGUUUUGUUUAAGGUACGAUAAAUAAAUGGGGGUCCACAUUUUCAUGUUCUUGACGGGUUCAUUCAUUCUUACGGUAUGUCAAGAAUAUCGUUCUUGUACUAAUGUUACAAAUACUGUUUAUAAAAGCAUGUGUUUAAGUC